CAAAUGAGUAAUGACAGAUGACAGAUGACUAACCGCAGGCCACAUAAUUGAAGUCUAUAUUUUGUUGUGUAAUAACCGAGUUAUGUGGAUUUUUUUUUAAUUUUUUAUUUAAUACUAUUUACAGUUUAUAUUAAUUUAAAAAAACCGCUAAUGUCGUUUUUCGGGGCUUAAGUAUUUUAUUGGUUAUUAAUAUUUUACUGUCAUUACAAUGACGGACACGGUAGAAGUAAAAGAGGGUUUUUGUACUUUACCAAACGAAAUGGUCAUUUAUGUGUUGAGUUUAGUCGAUGAAGAUUCUCUUCUGACCUGUCGGCUUGUUACCCGCAGCUGGAGAUAUUUAAUAGAUAAAUUUGUAUUUCAAGACAAAGCAUCCAAAGAGAACGCUUUAGUUAAUAAUGGUCAAGGUUUCUAUAGUUUUUCAAAUAUCGGUUCGAAUUCUAUAAAGAGACUAGACUUGCCAUGGUAUGUGUUUUACACUAUUUGCAAGUAUGAUCCGUUCAACAGAAAUCUAGUUAAGAACCAUUGCGGUCAAAACAAUUUUGAUCACUGGAGCACACUGGAGAGGAAUCAAGGGUGGGCUAUAGAGAACAGACCAGAGGGUGCACCUAUGUUACCCGAUGAUCCUGACUUUGACGGACAAACGAGCUGCUUUGUAUCGACAUAUCGUCUGUGCGCUAAAAAACAAAACAUAGAAUUCAAAAAGCACGGGAUAACCAAAAAGUUGAUGCAAUACCUCAAACCCGAUAUUUUCGUUAGCGAAUGGUUUUCUGGCCGUUUCGAUUGUGGAUGCAAGUAUUCGCUUGAGGCCACCGUAUAUGAUGACAAAAAUUGUAUCCUAGAACAACACAAUUACCAGAAAACAUUGCACCAAUGGCAAGCCGACAGUUGGACCAAGAUUUCGCAUACAUUCAGGAGCUUAAACAAUCCAUAUCGUAUUAUCCUACUUCACAGCGGAGUCGAUACUCAAUUUUGGGCCGGUUACUAUGGUACUAAGAUAUCUGGCUCUGUUGUCAAAGUACUACUACCGUUAAAAUUAAAACCAAUAAUAUAAUUGUCUAAUUAAUUAUAUAUUAUAUACUACUAAAUCUUAAUCACAAUUUACUUUUUUUAUGUGCAAUUUAAUGAAAAUUGUUAAAAUAUAUUAGAUUAUUUUACUGGGUAGAACUAAUAUUCACUUAUGUAUCGUUCAGAAGAUUGCCAAUUUGAACAUUUUUCUUAUACUUUUCUUUACUUGUAUUAUUUAUUUUAAAAAAAAAAAAUGUUUUCUUUUAAACCACAGAAACUAUCAAACAAAUUUUUAAAUUAAUCUAGUCAGAAUAAUACAAAAUCAUCGAUUUACUU